UCCUAAAUUAUUUAAUCGAAUCAAAAGAAAAUUAAGCAAAUAUUAAGUGUCAUGUCACAUUAAAUUAGAGAGGAGGAGAGAUUUUAAGGUUUUUUUCUCCUCCAAUUUCAAACAAUUACUCAAAAUAAUAAUUAAGAGUCAUUUCUUGGACGUAGCGCGGCUUCGACUCCGCCCUCUCACUUCUCCUCCUCUCCGUUCGCUCCCUUGACCACCUCCUCCUCCGCAUGCCUUCGACUCCGCGCUCCCUUCUUUAACUUUCCCAUCCGAGCUCACCUUUCUAUCCUCCUUUUCUUCCUCCGUAGUCCCUGAGUAGAUUUAUGACAUUUGGACAAUCCACGAACUGCCAAUUCUUUUAGAUCCUCCACAGGAGGAUUCAUCCCAAAGAUUACAUGGUUCAUAAGUUGCCAGUUGUGGAUCUCCCACCCAAUGUUACCCUCAGGUUCCUGAGGUCCUACCUCAGCUCUGGCCAACUGGAACGUGCCCGAGACCUGUUCGACAGAAUUCCACACCCUGAUUUGCGCUCGUUGACCAUCUUGAUCUCUGCUUUCACAAAGAAUAAUCUUCCCAAAGAAUCCAUAAGGUUCUAUCGGAGGCUUCGGGAAAACAAGGGCCUCGAGCCUGAUCGUUUGGUUCUGCUUUCUGUGGCCAAGGCAUGCGCCAAUUCUUCGGAUCUUGUUGAAGCCAAAAGGGUGCAUGAGGAGGCUGUCAAGUUUGGAUUUUCCUCGGACCUUCUCCUGGGUAAUGCACUGAUCGACAUGUAUGGGAAAUGUGGAUUUCAUGACGGGGCUAGGAGAGUGUUCGAUGACUUGCCGCAAAAGGAUGUGGUCUCCUGGACUUCUCUCAUUUCGGCUUGCAUGAGUUGCAGGAUGCCGGUAGAAGCAUUGCAAGUCUUUAGUGAUAUGUUGCAUCUUGGAGUAAAACCAAAUUCAGUCACUCUGUCAACUGUCCUUCGUGUCUGCUCGGAGUCAAAGGCAUUGGAUGUUGGAAGACAAAUUCACUGUCAAGCACUUAGAAGGGCACUCGAGGAUGAUGUAUAUCUAGGUAGUGGACUAGUGGAUGUGUAUGCUAGUUGCUCAAGUAUCAGGCAAGCCAGGAUUGUUUUUGAUACAAUUCCAUACAAAGAUACCGUGUCUUGGAUUGUGAUGUUAGCUGCUUAUUUCGUCGAUGGGGAAUGCGAAGAGGCUCUGAAGCUAUUUGAGCUAAUGAGAUCUGGAGGGGUUGCUUUGACCUCUGCUUCAUGGAAUUGCAUGAUCAGUGGACUUGCACAAAAUGGAAGGCCAGAAGAAGCAUUCAGAAUGUUGGGUCAAAUGCAACAGUUGGGGUUCAAGCCUAACCAUAUCACAGUGGUUAGUGCACUGCCAGCUUGCUCCUACAUUGAGAGUUUAAGAAGAGGGAGAGAGAUUCAUGGAUACAUUUUCAGGCACCGGAUUUUGGAGGGUAUGGUGCCCUUGACAGCUCUAGUUCUAAUGUACGCCAAGUGUGGGGACUUGGAUAAGGCCAGAGAGGCCUUCAACCAGAUGCCCAGGAAGGAUACAGUUGCAUGGAACACAAUGAUUUUGGCAAAUUCGAUGCAUGGAUGCGGUGAGGAUGCAUUAGCAGUAUUCCACCAAAUGCUAGAAUGUGGUGUCAAACCUAAUUCGGUCACAUUUACGGUGGUUUUGACUGGUUGCAGCCAUUCACAGCUUGUUGAUGUGGGCAAGUCGAUCUUUAAUUCAAUGAGCACACAACAUGGUCUUCAACCUGAUGCUGAUCAUCAUGCCUGCAUGACUGAUGUCCUCUGCCGUGCUGGUCAUCUUGAGGAGGCAUAUGGAUUCAUUCAAAGCAUGCCCAUGCAGCCAACGGUGGGCGCAUGGGGCGCAUUGCUUGCAUCAUGUAGAGUGUAUAAGAAUGUGGAUUUAGCAAAGAUUGCAGCAGCACAUCUUUUUGAAAUUGAACCAGAGAACCCUGGGAACUAUGUGUUGCUAUCAAACAUACUAGUUGCCGCCAAGCUGUGGGACGAUGCUUCUAGCAUCAGAAUGUUGAUGAGGGACAAGAUGAGGGAUAGAGGCGUUACAAAAGUACCUGGAUGCAGCUGGGUUCAGAUAAGGAACAAGGUUUACACAUUUGUUAAAGGUGACGAUAGGAACGCUCUGCGAGACGAGAUAUAUGGUUUUCUGAAAGAGAUAAGGGAGAAGAUGCGGCUGGAGGGUUAUCUUCCCGACACUGAUUACGUUUUACAGGAUGUAAACAAAGAGGAAAAGGAAGAAUUGUUGUGCAGUCACAGCGAAAAACUUGCGGUUGCAUUUGGCAUUCUUAACUUGAAAGGAGAAUCAGUCAUUCGGGUGUUCAAGAACUUGAGAAUCUGUGGAGAUUGUCACAGUACCAUCAAGUUCAUGGCCAAGAUAAUUGGGGUGCAGAUAAUUGUCAGAGACAAUGUGAGGUUUCACCAUUUCAGGUAUGGUUCUUGUUCGUGUCGGGAUCUGUGGUGAUCUAUUGAAUUGCUUCAUCUGUGAUGAUCUCUGAGGUUGAGGAGUUUAACCAAGAGUUUAGCUGAGGCAACUGUGGAUUUAAGGACGGUUCGGUCUGCCAUCCUUACUCCUGAGAAUGCUGAACUAACUAGGCAAUCUAUUUUCACCCUCAUAUUUACUCUGAAGAACAUUGAGAGUAUUACCUCAGACAUCUCGGGCUUCACAGGCGAUGUGGCUACAAGGGGAAAUUUGAAGAUGCUAAUUAAGUCCCUUAGCAGACUUUUAUGAUUGUGUUGGAGCCAGGCUUUUGCCAGCUUGUCUCUGGAACUUUUAACCACAGGGAGUUCAACAAGUGCUGUGCCAAAGCUGCGCAAGAGCUGCUGGAACUGAUAGAUCUUAAACCUGACACACAAAGAGAUCGAAUACUUCAAAGAUGGAACCUGCUUCAUCAAUCUUUGCCCUUGGUGUUGGCCUGUGACCAAGAUUCCCGGCAGAAAUGGUAAGCAACAUAGUUUCUUUUGAUGUGUAUUUGUAAAUGAGUAUGUUUUCAGGUGUCCAUUAUGGUUCUUAGCUAGCGAGAUUAUAAAAACGUAGUUGUCGGACUUUGAGCUCUCCUUAGUUCAAAUGUCAUGAACUCCAUUAGAAGAAGCAAAUAUAAUUCUUAAGAUGGUGAUUUAUUCUGAUACAUAACAAAGUU